CGGACGCGCGGAUCGACGGACCGAGCGGCAGCGGCUGCGAGCGAGCGAGCGAGGGGAUGUUGCUGCCGCUGCCGCCGCUGGAGAGGUUGCUGAGCGCGCGGGAGCUGCCCGGCGGGAGCCGGCGGUGAGGCGGGCGCCCUGCCUGAGCCAGCAGCAUGUCCCGAAAGAAGAGCCCCAAGACCAAGGGCGGCGGCGCAGGCACAGCCUCGGCGCCUUCCUCCGCCCUGCCCGGCCAGGGCUCCCGGGGCGCGGCGCCGACGGCAGCUCCCAAGGGCGCCGCUGGAGCUGGAGCCGGAGCCGGAGCCCGGAGCGCCCCAGCCGCCGCUGCCGGCUCCUCCACUGCCAACGGGGCGGCGCUGCCCAGCCGACCCUCGCUGAGCUCCAGCGGCGAGUUCUACGACGUCGCCUUCAAGGUGAUGCUGGUUGGCGACUCCGGCGUUGGCAAGACCUGCCUGCUGGUGCGGUUCAAGGAUGGUGCUUUCCUGGCUGGCAGCUUCAUCUCUACAGUGGGCAUUGAUUUCAGGAAUAAAGUCUUGAAUGUGGAUGGCGUAAAAGUGAAGUUGCAGAUCUGGGACACGGCCGGCCAGGAGAGGUUCCGCAGUGUGACACAUGCCUAUUACCGAGAUGCCCAUGCUUUGCUGCUGCUCUAUGACGUCACUAACAGAGCCUCCUUCGACAACAUCCAGGCUUGGCUGACAGAAAUCCAUGAAUACGCAAAGCAAGACGUGGUCCUGAUGUUGCUGGGAAACAAGGUGGACUCAGCCCAGGAGCGAGUGGUGAAACGAGAAGAUGGGGAGAAAUUAGCCAAGGAAUACGGAGUGCCCUUCAUGGAGACCAGUGCCAAGAGUGGCUUGAAUGUCGACUUAGCGUUCACAGCUAUCGCCAAGGAGCUGAAGCACAGAUCUAUGAAGCUGCCCAAUGAGCCUCGCUUUAAACUCCACGACUACGUCAAGAAGGAGGUGAAAGGCGCCGGCUGCUGCAGGUCCUAGAACACCGCCUGGCCCAUUUGAGGUUCCGCCCUUUGUACAAAGACUCGCAACCAGCACCCCACAUCCCCUGCUGCAUCUGUCUGUGCCACUACAUGAUUCCUUCUUUGUGUCUGUGUGUUUGUCCAGGUGAAAUUGGACAUGUGGGAGCGCGGGAGGCGGAGGAGGGCCUGGGUGGCUUCUUUCCAGGAAGCCAGACACAGCUAAGAGGCUAAAAAUAAUAGAUCUGUCGGGGAAGAAGGUAGUUGACAAUCAACAGGAAUCGUGGCAGCGAGUGAAGGAUCUUUGGCAGCCUUCAAGCACGGGCGCCACUAAAACGAAUGGGUGUGUGGUUUGUGUGAAUGGACAUGCAACUCCUGUGCAUUUGGGAGGUGCACACGUAGGACAUUUUCCUAGGGGGUGGCAUUCUGUGCCCCCUUUGAUGUUAAGCUUUUCCCUGUUGGCGGCAAUCUUUUGGGAAUUGUGCUCCACGUUAUAGUUGCAGCUUCAGCAAGUACCCAGGCCUGGUACUUCCAACCCUUAUAAGUUCUUUAUUAUGGUUUUUCAAACUCCGCUGGCGCAAUACAUGCCCUGCAUAUGUAAUAUGGCACCCAGAGCAAGCACAGAAUUCGACACCCCUUAAUUCUGAGUAGGUACCCUUAUAAAUUUAAGUUUUAUUAUCGUUUUGCGCUCCCUUGGCUCUGCACACCCCGUGCAGGGGGACUGCUCCCACCUCCCUAAAUCCUGCACUGUUCUUAACAUCCGAGAAAGGGAGGGGAAAUUGCUGCUGCCUGCAACAUGUGGAUAGCCUGUAGGGAGGAAGAAAAAAAUCCCGUGUUUUCUUCUUGGGUCGCUUGACCGCUGGGAGUUGGACUGGCUCAUUCCGGAGCGCAAACACUUUGGUUUCUUUUUGUGGAGGUAGGUUAUAAGACAAAGCUAACUGGUAUCUUUGAAGUAACUAUUUUUAAAGUGCAAUUUGUCUCCCACCACUCAGUACUGUAACUCCCUUGCUGUCUCUCUCAUGGUUGCUCUUGGAUACAAGAGGGUCUUUUUCAAACAGCUGCAACGUCAUGUAAAAAAACGCUUGCCCUUUCAGCUACUUUGAUGGUGGUGCUGCCUAGCUUUCUUUUUAUGGCAGGGGUUUGAAAAUGCAGCACUUUGCUUCCCCCACCCCAUAGGAGCAGGCAAGUGCGAUGCUCAUGGAGGUUUGUGGGGUCCCCAGGAAGGGGCUUUGCUGUUCUUUGUUGCAAGGGAAGCUGCUGAGAAACCACCUUGCCCGCUUCUGCCUGCAGCCCUCCCUGACUUCCACCUCCCGUUGGCCUCAAGAAAAGGGAGGCCGGGAGCAAGCACAAGGCAACAAGUCUGACUCAAUAGCCAUAAGCAAAAUCUCACAAACUAGCCCCAGAUCUUUGGCACAGCGCCAGCCCUUGGCAGUACAGGAAUAACCCAACACCUUACAUCGCCAUUGUAAGGAUAAUUGAGAAUGUAUAUGAAGUGCUUUGUACACUCAAAGUGCUAUAUAUAUGUAUAUUUAUUUAUAAAUACUAAGUUAUCGUGCUUUCUUUGGUACUGUGGGAGUUUUGUGUGUGUGUAUGCUGCUCAUUUUCUUUUACUUAAAAUCUUUAUUCAGAA